AUGUUAGCCGUAUUCAUUAUAUUGGUAGUGGUGGGGGUUGGAGUGUCAGCAAAGACACCAAAGGAGCCAGCUCCACCGAUAAAAUGCAAAAAAAACGAAGUAUACAACCCGUGUAGUACAAUAUGUCCCCCUCAAACGUGUGAGUCCAUCUACACCGACUACGAUUGCCGUGACGCGACGAAGUGCGAGCCCGGCUGCGACUGCAUCUCCGAGUACUUGAGGAACGGAACGGCAAACGACCCCUGUAUACCUAGUCACCUGUGCCCACCCCCACCCCCUCCACCGAUAAAAUGCAAAGAAAACGAAGUAUACAACCCGUGUAGUACAAUAUGUCCCCCUCAAACGUGUGAGUCCAUCUACACCGACUACGAUUGCCGUGGCGCGACGAAGUGCGAGCCCGGCUGCGACUGCAUCUCCGAGUACUUGAGGAACGGAACGGCAAACGACCCCUGUAUACCUAGCCACCUGUGCCCACCCCUACUCCCUCCACCGAUAAAAUGCAAAGAAAACGAAGUAUACAACCCGUGUAGUACAAUAUGUCCCCCUCAAACGUGUGAGUCCAUCUACACCGACUACGAUUGCCGUGACGCGACGAAGUGCGAGCCCGGUUGCGACUGCAUCUCCGAGUACUUGAGGAACGGAACGGCAAACGACCCCUGUAUACCUAGCCACCUGUGCCCACCCCUACUCCCUCCACCGAUAAAAUGCAAAGAAAACGAAGUAUACAACCCGUGUAGUACAAUAUGUCCCCCUCAAACGUGUGAGUCCAUCUACACCGACUACGAUUGCCGUGGCGCUACGAAGUGCGAGCCCGGCUGCGACUGCAUCUCCGAGUACUUGAGGAACGGAACGGCAAACGACCUCUGUAUACCUAGCCACCUGUGCCCACCCCCCCGACCAGUAUGCGGUAUCAACGAACAUUAUGAAACAAAUAGAAACAAGUGCGAGCUGACCUGCAAGAACUACCACUUGGAACCAGUAAUGGGUCCGUGUCAGGCAACCAGCGCCUGCUUCUGCGAUGAUGGCUAUGUCAAAAACUCUAAUGGGUUGUGCAUUCCUAAGAAGAAAUGCCCUAAACAUUUAGUAUGCCCGCCGAAUGAAGUAGUGUCCGAAUGUUACAACAGCUGCCUCGUGACGUGCAAGACCAGGCUCCGGAGCGACGGUAGAAUGUGCCAGUUGGCCUGUAUCGACACCGGAUGCGUAUGCAAGAAAGGCUACCUGAGGCAUGACAAUGGCACUUGUGUCCCCAUCAGCCAGUGCUCGCCACCUCGCUGCAAUGACAAUGAAACCUACUCGAAGUGCGGUACAGCCUGCCCCCCGACUUGUCAGAACAGAGGCGACAAUUGCACUGCCUGCACUAAACAGUGCGUCGAGGAUUGCUUCUGCAACAAGGGCCUCGUGCGCUCUGUCGACGGCAGCUGCAUCAAGCCUAAAGACUGUCCACCUCGCGUCUGUGGUUCUAACGAAACACUAGACCCAUGCCCCCCUACGUGUCCUCCUACGGAUGGAUGCCAGAAUUUGUGGUCGAAGUUUAAUUGCACCAACGCUAUCAAGUGCUGCAAGCCUCAGUGUCGCUGCAACCCUGGCUAUCUCAGAAAGAAUAAUGUCUGCGUCCCUACCGAACAAUGUUUGAAUUAGUUAAGAAUCGAUUACACCAUACUUGAUGCAGCGUAUACGCAG